GAAGGUUUGCUUUUUCCUGAUUCCUUGCUUCAAAAACUGACAAGAUGCCAGCAGAUUACAAUGGUAAAUGGGAGAUGAUUGAAAAUAACAACUUUGAUGGCUACAUGAAAGCUUUGGAUAUAGACUUUGCUACCAGGAAGAUUGCUCUUCACCUCAAUCAAACAAAAGAAAUCAAACAGGAAGGGGACAAGUUUAUUACUAAAACUCUAAGCACCUUCAGAAACUACAACCUGGAUUACACAAUUGGAGAAGAAUUUGAGGAACACACAAAAGGCUUAGAUAAUAGAACAGUCAAGACACUGGUGCAGUGGGAUGGCGACAAACUGGUCUGUGUUCAGAAGGGCGAGAAGGCUAACAGAGGCUGGAAGCACUGGAUUGAGGGGGACAAACUACACUUGGAAUUAACAUGUUGCGACCAAGUGUGCCAUCAGAUUUUCCAGAAGAAAAAUUAAAAUGAUCGAUGCACAUAUUUGUUAAUCAGCAAAGAUCUGACCUUUUUUCUCAUAUGGAAUAGAUCCUGGCCAAUAUCUUUGUAUACAUGUUCAAGCUGUGUACUGUAUAUAUAGUGAUUUAAAUCACACUGAAUUUAUUUGUACUCUACACCAUGUGGAAUAAAAACAUUGCAUUUAAAACUUUUAAA